AUGUCGUCCCGCUCCCCCAGCGAAGACCCCUCGAAAAUCGAGCUGCUCAAAGAUGCCCUCUACCAGGCGGCCGUUGACAACGGCGGCGAGGGCCGCCUCUGGACCCAGCAGGACCUCAUUGACUUUGACAUCAUCCCCGAGGGCAACCUGGACCUGCUCAUGAAGGCCGUCCAGGGCCUCUGCAGCGAUUUCCUGUUCAAGACCAUGAACGACGGCCGCAUCGGGCUCUGCUGGCGCUACCGCCCGGUCGAGGACGCCGCCAAGUACCGCACCCUCAACCAGGACCAGAUCAUGGUGUACGAGCUGAUUGACGACGCGGGCGCCGACGGCAUCUGGGCCCGCAGCCUCAAGCACCGCCUCAACAUGCACGAGUCCGUCCUCAAGCAGUGCAUCAAGCACCUGGAGACGCGCGGCUACAUUCGCGACAUGAAGUCCGUCGAGAACAUUGGCAAGAAGAUGUACAUCAAGGCGACGCUGCGUCCGUCGGACCGGGCGACGGGCGGGCCGUGGUACUCGGACGGCGUGCUGGACGGCGACUUUAUCGAGUCGCUGCAGGAGCUGGUCUUUGACGCCAUCCGCAACCGCAGCACGUACCUGAGCCGCGUGCGGACGGCGGCGCCAGCAGCACCAGCAGCACCGACAAAACAGCCGAAAAAAGGGGUGGUCCGUGGCGGGACCAGUGACGCUUCUCCUGGGUCAACAACAGCAGCCGUAGGGGUCACGCGGGGACGGAAACGGACAGCCGAUGCGUUGUCGACCGGCAGCGACCACAACAACAACAACAACAAAAAAGAGACCAACGGCCACGCCAGCAAACACCGCUCCCACGCCCACCACACCGCCCGCCGCCAGAUCCUGCUGCCCAUGCCCGCCGGCUACACCGAGUACCCGACCGUGCGGCGCAUCGCCGAGCUCAUCGAGCAGUCUGGCGUGGCGAUGAACACGACGCUCGGCGAGGCCGACAUCCAGCAGCUGGUGGACCUGCUGGUGUACGACGGUCUUUUAGAGCCCGUCCGCCUGCCGGGCUCGCACGACACGGGCUACCGCGCCCUCAACGCCGCGCGGCUGGACGAGGCGUCCAGCUCAAACCACGCCCCCGACACGCCCGGCGAGCCGCGCACCACGCCCAAGGGCGCCCCGCCGCCGCUCAACAACGGGCUGACCGAGUCGCCGUGCGGGCUGUGCCCCGUGUUCGAUCUGUGCGAGGACGGCGGGCCCGUCAGCCCGGCCAACUGCGUGUACUUUAACCGGUGGCUGGGCCUCGAAGAGGCGCUCGAGCCGGCCGCUGUGACCGUCUUGGCGGAAGACGACUUUGAUGAGGACUGA